GAUGCCUAGGCAAAGGUCUGGGGCAGCCCUGCCCUGCUGCCCACAGGCGUAGACCCCUGCGGAGAGAAGAUGGCCCAGAGGAGCCCAAACUUCUCCACCCUCGGCCCAACCGAAAGGCGCAUCCGGAACUUCCCGCUGCACAGCCAGGCCCUGACCGCGGUUCCCCUGGGCUCCGCCCGCCUGAUGGACCAGCUGGAGGACCGAAUCCUCAGCCAUGAGAAGACCACGGCGGCCCUGGUGGAGCACGCCUUCCGCAUCAAGGAGGACAUCGUCUCCACGCUGCACCGGAUGCAGAACAAGGGCGGCGGGGACCGGCUGGCCAGGCAGCUGCUGGAGGAGCACAUCCGCAACAUCACCGCCAUCGUCCGGCAGCUGAACCGGGACAUUGAGGCUCUGCAGGAGCAAAUCCGGGUCAGGGACAACCUGAGUUACGGAACAAACUCCACCCUGAAGAGUCUGGAGAUGCGGCAGUUGUCUGGACUGGGAGACCUUCGUGGACGGGUCUCCAGGUGCGACGCAGGGCUGGCCAGGGUCUCCGCCGAGCACAAGGUCACCUACGAGAGACUCCAGAGCCUCAGCAAGGAGCAGCAGGCCACCAAAAUGAUCCUGGAGUCCAAAAUCAAGGAGACGGAAAUACAGAUUUCCCACCUUCUGAGCAGAAUCGAGCAGUCGGUGAUGCAACAAGACGCGAAGCUGAAGCUGGCCUACAAAGAGAGCAACCAGCAGCUCCAUCUCCUGGAGGCCAAGCUGCAGGACGCCAUCGAGCACCUCACCAGCCAGAUCUCCUCCGCCCGCAGCCAGAUGGAGCAGGAACAGGAGCGCUUCGAGAAGAAGUUCCUGGAGAAGAUCGACCACCUCUUCCUCGCCAUCAAGGAGAAGAGUGAGUUGGACAGCAGGGCCCUGGAGGUGCAGCUGAGCGAGAUCCACGGGAAGCUGCAGAAAAUGGAAGCCGGACAAAAGGGCUCAGCCCAGGAGCAGGAGGCGAACCCGGCCGAGGACAGGAUGACCGUCCAGCUCAGCAAACUCCAGUCCGAUUUCACUGAGGACAUCAAGGAAGUCAAGGCAGAGGUCAGCGCCGGACUCAGCACCAUCUAUGAGAGCAUCGGAUCCCUGCAGCAGGUCCUGGAAUCGAAAAUGAAACUGGACAAGGAGGAGCUGCAGAAGCAGAUCCAGCGGCUGAAGUGAGGGGCAGCUGGCAGGGCCCGGCCAGGGAGCAACCCCCCCUCCCUCCCUUUGGUCCAGCAGGACGGACACUCGCCGUCUGGGCCAAGUCAUUUACUGUAAAUAAGAGAGGCCGAGCGUGGCCAGACCGACCUGCCCUUCGCAAGGGGAACCGGACAGGAUGACGGCCGGGUCCUUCUGGAUCUCAGCUGCCUCCCUGGACUUUGGAACUGGCCUUUCUGCAAUCGAGGCCAAGAGAUCCGGACACCUGAGCCGAUGGAAGAGACUCCGAAACUCCGCUUCCUUCCUUCCCUUGAGCAGGGCAGGGGUGCUUUGCAAGUGGCAAGAGGGUGCCAGCCGGGCAGGGAAGUGCCACCCACCGCAGCCUCCCUUGGCCAGAUAUUCGGUCUCCACGCCUGACUCCUCCUCCAGCGUUCACCCCAACAUCUGGUCCCAGGAGAAGGUCCCAGGAGGUCUCCCCGGGGAGCCCGUGGCUGUCGCCUGCUUGCCCUUCACACGGCCUGUCAACCCCAUUCUUGCUUGGCGCCCCUCCCUGCCGCUUCUCCCCAAUUCCCCCACUUUUUGACGCUUCUGAAUACAGCUGCGUGUCAGGACGGCGGCUCCUUUUCCAGCCCAGCUGCCCUCGGGAGGCCUCGUGCCAUCUGCCUCUGGCUUCCCUGCAGUUCUCCUGCCAGCCCGGGCAGCACCUCCCUCCUCCUAUGCCCGUUCAUCUCAGCUGAGCACUGCCAACGUAUUCCCACUGCAGCCGGGGCCCUGCUCAGUGGCAGGAGGACCCUGCUCGCUUCCCCAGCAGGACCGGCGGUUGCAGGUGUGCCCAAGGCCUCCCUGCAUGCCUAGUGCCCCCCAUCCUUGCUGGUUGCAGGCCUCCCCUGCCCCAGCCAGAGCAUCCCCCUGCCCUCCGUGUCUCUGGGGCUGAGACUCCCCUCCUCUGCACUGCCCCAGAGGGCCACCUGCCCUCCUCCUCUUCA